UAAUCAAUUUAUUAAUCAAUUAAUCAAUCAAUCUGUCAAUCAAUCAAUCAAUCAUCUAUAUCAAUCACAAUCUUAAUCACAUGCCCGCCCUGCUUAAGCAAAAGUAAAACACUAUUCAAUUAACUAUAAUGCGCGAUCGUCUUGCCUCGCUGAUUGUGGUGAAGCAAGAGGCGGCGGCGUCGCUAAGCCACAACAACAAUAACAACAACCACAACACUCAGUUUGGCAGUGACCAACUGUUGUCACACCAGCAGCAACAUCAACAAGAACUGCAACAACAUCAACAACAACAUCAUCAGCAGCAGCAGCAACAGCAGCAGGAACAACUUGCAACCAUCAAAAGCGAAUCCUUUUACGCUUUCCCGCCCUACGAGAGCAGUUUGUACUAUGAAAUCAACAACAAUUCGUGCUACAGACAGAAUUUAAAUACAACUGCUGCUGUUGCUGCAACUGCAACUGCAACUGCAGUCGCUUUGCCCGCUUUGAUUUAUCCCUGUCGCAAUCUAUUCCCCGAGGGCUGUGAUAUUGGGCAUUUGGGAGCGGGAGCGGGGAGUGCGGGAGCAUCCUCCUGUCAUCAUCCGGGAUAUAGCAACAGUUGGCAUAGCAACGGAAUACACACGUGUGCAGAAAGUGAGACGCGCAACUCGCCACCAAGCAGCAAGUCGAAGGUGGCCAGCAAAUUGAGGAGCUUCAAGUCGUCGGAGCACUCGAGGAAAACACAAGCAACAGUCGCUGCUACCACAAAGGAAGUAGAGGCAGCAACGCUAACUGCCACAACAGCAACAGCAGCAACCACAGUUGCUACAACAGCAGCAGCAGCAGCAACCACAUCGGCAGCAACUGCUGCAGCAGCAACAACUAAAAUCCAAAGCCAAGUGAGGCUACAUCAGCAAGCCAACACAAGCAUGUUACUUCUGCAACCCAAUAGCUCGUUUAGUUCACUGACGUCGUUCGACAAUUUCUCAACGCAAUCCGCGACGACGACAACGACGACGACGUCGGCAGCCACAGCCACAGCGUCCCAUCAUCAUCACCAGCAUCAACAACACCAGCAGCAUCAUCAUCAGCAUCAGCAGCAACAUCAGCAGCAGCAGCAACAGCAUCGCCAACUGCAGCAACCUCUUCAGCAGCAGUUGCUUCCUCAACAACAACAGCACCUGCUGUUGCCCUCGGGCAGCCAGGAUACGCUGCUGUCCCAUGAGGAGGAUCAGCUGAUCAGCAAUCUAGCCGACGCGGCCGUUUCGCACAGUGAACUCUUCUCGGAUCUAUUCUUUCCCUCGGACUCCAACAACUCGCUGCUGUCGCCCGCCUUGGAGCAAUCGGUGGCCAGCUAUCCCGAUACGCCGGCGCAUGUGGACACCGCUCUGGGCAGCAGCGAGGAUCUGACCAGCUCCCUUGAGAAUCUGACCAAGUUGACGUGUCUGCGCGACAAGCGUUUGUCCUCCAUACAGGAUCAACCACUCGCCUUGGGCAGCAGUCACAGUCCCAGCUCCUCGGAGCAGGAUCAUCACUCCCUCUGUCUGCUGAGCUUGCGUUCCAGCAGCGAUCCCGCCAUUGCGUUGCACGCUCAGCAACAGCAGCAGCAGCAACAACAGCAGCAACAACAACACCAGCAACAGCAACAGUUGCAGGCAUCACAGCUUUUGAUCUCACCCAUUGGCGGCCCGUUGUCGUGUGGCAGCAGCUUGCCCAGCUUCCAGGAGACCUACUCCCUCAAGUACAACAGCAGCAGCAGUCCCAAGCAAUCGAAUUCAUCCUCCUCGGCAUCCUCAGCUGGCCCCGCUUCCGCCUCCGCCGCCACGCCUACAGAUCAGAUUCUAACGCUCAAAAUGGAUGAGGAUUGCUUUCCUCUGACCACCGCAGCCGAGGUGAUUGCCGGUCUCAGUGCUGGACCCACUUCAGCGCAGUUGCAGACGCUGCAUCAGAUGCAGUCGCAGCAGCAGCAGCAACCGUCGCAUGCCGGCAACAACAGCGGCGGCAACAGCAGCAAUGGCUACAACUAUCAUGGCCACUUUAAUGCCAUCAAUGGCGCUUCCAAUCCCUCGCCCAGCAGCUCGGCCAGCUCGCUCUACGAGUACAAUGGCGUGCCCAGCCAGAAUGAUGGUUUCUACGGCCAACAGCAGCAACAGCAAAGCUUUCAUCACAACUACAACACGCUCAAUGGCGAACGCUACUCGCUGCCCACAUUCCCCACCAUCUCGGAGUUGGAGGCAGCCACCGCCGCUGCCGUUGCCGCAGCCAACUCCACAAACUCCAACUCCAAUUCGCUGGUGGUUGUGCCGCCUCUGCGUCGCGCCUCCUUGCCCGUCCAACGCUCCGUCUCGCCCGCCGCCGCCGCCGCCUCCGCCUCCGUUGCGCAUAGUCCCAAGCUGGCCAAGCUGUCUCUCGGACCGCGUCACAGCCAUGCUCAAGUGCUGCUCAGCUCGGCGCCCAAUUCAGCAGCUAGUUCGCCGGCAAGCGGCGCUGGCGGAGAACUGUUGCAAGCAGGACGUUUGCUGCAGUCAGCUGGCGCCACUUCGCAGCUCUGCGCCGUCUGUGGUGACACCGCAGCCUGUCAGCACUAUGGGGUGCGGACCUGCGAGGGUUGCAAGGGUUUCUUCAAGCGCACCGUGCAGAAGGGUUCGAAGUAUGUGUGCUUGGCGGAUAAGAGUUGUCCGGUGGACAAGCGACGACGCAAUCGGUGUCAGUUCUGUCGCUUCCAGAAGUGUUUGGUUGUCGGCAUGGUCAAGGAAGUGGUGCGCACAGAUUCGCUGAAGGGUCGACGUGGUCGUCUGCCCUCCAAGCCCAAAUCGCCACAAGAGUCGCCGCCAUCGCCGCCCAUUUCGUUGAUCACGGCGCUGGUGCGCAGUCAUGUGGACACCACACCGGAUCCCUCGUGCCUCGAUUACACGCACUACGAGCAGCCGCUGGAUCAGCUAGCUCCAGGACUGGGCAUGAGUGAGGCGGACAAGGUGCAGCAAUUCUAUCAGCUGCUCACCAAUUCGGUGGAUGUGAUCAAGCAGUUUGCCGAGAAGAUUCCCGGCUACUUGGAUCUAACACCCGAGGAUCAGGAGCUGCUGUUUCAGUCCGCAUCGCUGGAGCUGUUUGUGCUGCGUCUCUCGUAUCGCGCUCGCAGCGAUGACACCAAGCUGAUCUUCUGCAAUGGCACCGUCUUGCAUCGCAGUCAAUGCCAGCGCAGCUUUGGCGAGUGGCUGAAUGGCAUCAUGGAGUUUAGUCGCAGUCUGCACAAUCUCGAGAUUGACAUAUCAGCCUUUGCCUGCCUCUGCGCUCUCACUUUGAUCACAGAACGUCACGGCUUGCGUGAGCCAAAGAAGGUGGAGCAGCUGCAAAUGAAAAUCAUUGGCAGCCUGCGUGAUCAUGUCACUUACAAUGCCGAGGCCCAGAAGAAGCAGCAUUACUUCAGUCGUCUGCUCGGCAAACUCCCCGAACUGCGAUCGUUAAGCGUGCAGGGAUUGCAGCGUAUCUUCUAUCUGAAGCUGGAGGAUCUGGUGCCAGCGCCGUCGCUCAUCGAGAACAUGUUUGUGACAACGCUGCCCUUCUAAGCACCGUCGUAUCAACAAACAACUUGCUUCCUUUCGCCGUGCAACUCUAGAUCGUAAUUACAAAAAACCCUCACAUAUAAAACUUAGAACUAAGUGCAAAAGAAUAGAAAAUAAAAGAAAGGCGCAGCAGUUUCGUAGGCAGCACAGCAAACAGCACACAGCACAACACCCCCGAUAAUACCCUAGAUAAAUCCCGAUAAUUGGCUGCGUUCAUCAAUAUUUCAGCAUUUUUUGCGAGGCCUGCGUGCUGCUUCGUGACUUGUCAGUCGUCCUCCAAUAACGUAAGAAUGCGCUCACAACUUGUUGACGUUAAUUGUGCGGCAAUUGUUUAAUUCGAAGCAGUCAAAAAUCAAACGGACAAACCGACAAGACAAGACAGCCAAACACGCACAGACAAAAGCACAAGCAAGAGCACAAAAAAAAUACAACCCCUUUGCUUUAACUCGACAAAAAGUAUGCUAACCCAAUAGACCCGCUUUGCUAUCUCAGUGCAGGGUCUCUCAAUAUAUAAGAAUGUUCUAUGCAAUGCCUACACUCUUGCCUUUAGCUUACAUCUAGUCAAUCGUGUUAAGAGUUUCCUUUCUCCCUAUUGUAAAUACUAUUAAUACCUCCCCCUACAAGUAUUUUCCCAUUAGACACUAGGAUAAUUGUAAGGAAUUUAUAAAUUGGUUCGAAUUUGUUUCGAUUUUUUUUUGUAGUGCACGAAACCCGCCGUGCACCUAACGAGAGAGUUGAAAGUACCUUUAUGUGAUUUGUGUCUGACACAACACAACACAAAACACAAACCUAAUUGAUAAGCUAAAUAAGUACGAGUAUUCUGUAGUUUAAGGACCCCUUUUCACCCUUCGCGCUGCCCUUGUAAAAUCUUCUAUUUAGUGGUAAUUAGUAAUUAUUACUCCAGACGAGUUCUUAAAGAAUUGCAAAUGGAUCGUAGUGCACUUGAUGUGAAUCUCUCUACUCUAUACUACUACAACUACUAUUACUAAAAUAUGUGUUAUUUUUGCGAUCGAAAGCCCCUCUAUGUGAAUUUUGUGAUAGAUUGGCAUUGAACUCUACAUAAAUGUCUAUUCUUAUGUCCAAUUUUUAUACAUGCAUACGAUUUAUGAUUUAUUUGUCAUUAAAAAAAAAAAAAAAAAAAAAAAAAAAAAAAAAAGAAAAA